AUGGGCAAUGAAACAAGAGCGUGCGAAAAAAAACAACAAGGACCAAUGGCGCCGAACCGAAUCGUGGAGGAGAGUCGCGCGGCCGCGGGGCGGCCGGUUCCUCCGCCCCGCACAAGUCUUAACCGAAAUGGGAAAUCCGUGCAGACGGCAGAGGAGUCCCGGCCCCAUCCCCAGAGUAUCGUCUUCUCCAAAAACAAAGCCAGUGAGGAAUGCGUGCUAUCCAGCAACUCUCCGGUCUCAUCCACCAGCACGAUCGGUGAUCUGUGCCAGGUCCCUUCACGUCCUGUGCCCAAGAUACGCAACACUCUCACACCACCGCUGCCCAGGCCUCUGAUUCCGCCACCACCGCCGCCACCUCGCCCCUAUCUGAGGCACAAAAAGUCCAUGGACAACGGUGUGCGGCAACAAAAUGUUGAUGGACAACAUGAUAUCGAAGGGCGGCAGAACCUUGAACGGUACCAGAAUUUGGAUGCACAACAAAAUUCUGUGUGUCCGUCUCCAGAAGCAUCGUCUCUCGACUUGAACAAGCUUGCGUUGAGGUUUGCGGACGACGAUGAAGCGGCAUCGCGUCUGAAGCUGAGGUCGCAACUAAGAGGAUCAGGGUCGGAUGAUGAGGAUGAAGAUUAUCGGUUGUCGGUGCUUCAGACUAACUACUCAGCUUUCAUGGAUUCGAACGAAACUGACGAUGAAAUGCUGUGCUUCUGUGGUUGGGUGACAAUGUAUAACUUGGAGAAGAAGAAGACCAAGAGAAACUGGGCUUCCUUACGGGGUGAUGAUCUCGCUUUUUACUUUGAUGACGUUGUAAGUAUUAUUGGCGGUUUUAUGGUGGUUUCAAAAGUAUAAUAUAAAAGAUGACUAUUAUAUGAUGUUACAUAAUAGUUGUAAACCUGUAUUAUUUUAAAAUCAUUAUAUUGUUUUCCAGCGUGAUCUCCUGAACUUUGAAUGCAAGUCAGACAAUAUUUACUUUGUUGGGCUCAUCGACGAAAAGAUUAACAUUGUUUGUCGACCGGUCUCUAAACGCUCACCGAUUGUUUUUAGUUUUAUCCCAGAUUCCAACCUCGAAUUCUGGCUACUAACGUUAUCUAAAGUAAGUUGUUUUCUUUUGUUUUUAUUGUUUAGGCAAACAGUAAACAUGGUUAAUGUGAACCUUUAGGCUUCGUGUCAAAAUCAGAAGUUUGUUCGAAAUGUCAUAUCUUCAUCUACGGCUGGUGGAAAGAUUGUGCUACAGCAGGCUACAACAGACGAGUGGCAUCUUGGAUGGGCUUUUAUUCAGAACCGUGUAUUCAAAUAUUAUCUACCCUCAUUGGAUUCGUUCUUUGAGGUUGAUUUGAGGAGAACUAUUAUGGUUAAGAAGGUGAACAACAGAGAUGCUCCGCCGGUGGCUGUUUCUAGCAGUCAAGUCGGGUCUAUUCAGGUCUCGAUACCAGAGAGGUAGGUGUUAUGAUAGUAUUUUUAUUUAUACCUAUUUACUUUUGAGUGUAAAUUGGAAUAACAAGGCAACAUCACUUGUUGUAAUACUGGUUAUGUAAAUUAUUAAAUUGUUUUAUGUUUUAGUUCGGUCCGAUUCCAAGCAAUGAAUGACCAAGCGACAGAAUCCUGGUACGAUUCUUUGUUCAGUUUGUUCAGAAAUGCCAAAAGUCUUGAUGAUUACCCAGUGACAUCAGAUGGAGUCCCAGUUAUCGUAGAGCGAUGUAUUGAGUAUGUGUCUUUAAAUGGACUGCACAUCAAAGGACUUUACCGAAAGAAUGCAUCAUCCUCAGCGUGUAGAACUUUGUUAAAGGACUUCAAGGAAAGUAAGUUGUUCUUAUAUAAACUGAUUUUUGUUUCACAGAAGCCUUGUAUCAUCUUAGUUACUUUUAUAAAAUUUAGUUUGUUUUUUUAAACUUUGCCUGGUUUUCAGAUCCAUUUACAUUCAAAAUCAUGCGAAUGAACGAUGAAACAGCGAACGUAGCUGCUGAUGUGAUGAGAGCUUUCUUCAGACAACUCCCAGAGCCUCUCAUAUGCACAUCUGUCCACAAUUUACUCUACAAAGUCAAAAGUAAGUUGAAUAUCUUCAUCAAAUUUCCAUUUUGAGCUUAACAUUAUUUUUUUUUGUUUUAAGAUGACAUUGAUGAUCCAAUUCAAAAGAAUAAUGCCUACCGCAACGUUCUGUCUCAAUUACCGUCGGUUAACUACAAAACGCUACGAAGGCUACUAGAACAUCUGGUGGAAGUAUCCAAGCAUUCUUCUGAAAACUUGGCCUCUAUCGAGAACCUGGCCAAGGUUUUCGCACCCACCGGCUUCCAAGUCGAUGGAAAUGGAGGUGGUCACGCUGAGCUACAGGCCUUCAUGAGUAAUAUACAGGUUCAGAUUGGAGUUAUGAUGGACUUACUGAUCAACUUUGCUGUUAUCUUUCCCAAAACGUCACAACAAGUGGCAGCCGACAACAGAAUCGAGCAAAUAAAAAACGUUGUCAUGCCUAAGGUGAGAUUAUUUGCUUUUUGAUAAGUUUAAUGUUUUCAUAAAGCUAUGUUAUACUUUUAAAUAUUUGUUUUAGGCAACAAUUAGUUCUCGCCUCACAUCAAUAGUUUUCAACGAAAAAAGCUUCCGUGUCCCAUCGAACUACUCAGUAGGCCACGUGUUACAGUAUUUCUGCAACGAACUCGGGAUAGGAGAUACCUCUAAAACAUACGGGUUGUUCGAGACUCACGCCGAAGGGCGGCUGAGGCGACGCUGUAGGACGGACGAGGUAGUGGAGGAUGUUCUGGUCGAUAAAUGGAACAAACUGCCGGCUUUUGUCACUGAUUCUCUUAUGAUUACCGAAAUAGAUGGCAAAAAGCAGGACAAGGUAAGAGCGACAUUAGUAGUUAUUGUGGUGGUUUUUGGUCGAAGAGUUUUUAUAUUGUCUUAGACUUAAACAUUUGUCACAGUUCAAAGAUUUUCUUGAUAUUAAUGGUGUUUUAAUUUCAGAAAACGAUUGCGUUUGUGUCAGAUGUCAUGUUUUCCGAAGCCGGCUCUAAAAAGUUUAAACAAUGUAGCUUCAAAAUUGAAUCCGGCGUCAGAGUCGUCUGUUUUUCUACGGUAAGUUUGAUGUUUUUUCAAAUAGUAAUGAGAUGUUUUACAAUACAAGUUAGUUAGUCAUCACUAUUAUAGAGAAAUACGUUGAAAUCAACACGUAAUGUUACAUUAGGUGAGGUGAGGACAAAAAGAAUCAGCCAAUUUUUGAAAAUUAAACUUUUUUAGUUUGUAUUGUUGUCCACAACAAUAUUACAACCGAAAACUGUUUUUAAAGAGUAAAUUGUUUGCAAUGAGCUGGCUUUUGUGGAUUCAAAAGUUGUUUUUAUCAUUGUAAAGUUGUUUUUAGUAUAUUUGUUAGUUUUGUAGUAAACUAUGCGGUUUAAACUCUCUGAUACGAGUAGUAAACCAAGUAAUACUGUAUCAUGAAUCACGUUUCAGCGGAUGAAACAGCACUAUCGCUGGGAACUGGACGAUACAAUCUGGUUCGAAGGCGUGGACGACCGCUCCCCUCCCACCCCGCACUGCCUCACCUUCUUCUGCACUCGAGGACCUCACGAACACAAGCAAAAGUAUAAAUUCCUGGGAUUCUGUUUGGCAUUCAAAUCCAGCGACGACCUCAAACUCUGGCUCAAUUGUGUUCGCAUCUGUCAGGGUGAACAAGAUUAG